AUGUCGGCGUCCUCCAAGUCCCUCGAGGUCUCCAAUCCUCUGAAUCCUCCUAAACCCAACGUGCCCAAGACAGCUAGCGAGUGGGAAAGAGUCGCACGCAAGUUGAGAAGCCAAAAUCCCAUUCUACACACCCUAUCCAAGGUCAACCCGGCUUCGAAGUUGACCCCUUUGGACUUCGCUGCCAUGAGAGCUCUGUGGCCAGAAAUAGAAGCACUGAAGGCCGAAGAAGCUUAUCACGACUUUCCCGAGCUCCAAGCCUAUCUCAGGCAGGCUCAAAACCACGGCACAGAUGCCGUAGAUCGGGACAUAGGUGCUUUUCUCCUCGUGAGAGAGUCCCAGAAACAGAUUCCGUCAGAGUCCGCAGAAUGGCUCGAAAGGCUCGAAUCUGAUUCUGUUGAAAUGCAAACAUCGCGCCCGGAAACACGCAAAAAGCGCAACACUUCUCCACCUGACCAGUACAGCACGGCCUCGGGAUCUGGCGCCGAAAUGGUGGAUACCAAAGACGAGCAACUUGUGAACGACGCUCUCCUGCUGUUCCUAGGGGCUGUCUUGGUUUACCAACCUGAGUUAAAAUGCCAAUGGACAGCACACGGCUCGCCAUUUUCUACUGCAGUUUUUGGCAGUAACAAGAUGAUUGCGCAUACAGAUGGCUAUUUGGAAGCAAAUGGCGAAGUCUUCGCUAUAGUUGAGGAACUUCUCUGGCAAGAGACAGAUGAGAUGAUCGCAUGGAUCAUGCACGACGAAAAGCAUGGCCGAAAGUGCGAGCCUCGUCGACGUCUCAUUGUCUCACAGGAUAAUCACGAGAUUUUCCUGACGGUUGCCACCUACGACCGUAGGUAUCUCGCUUACCUGAAAGGCGGCAGUUGUUUUUAA